AUGCCUGGACGCGUGGUUGACCAGCCCAAGAAGAGGGUUUUGAUUGACACCACCAACACCCACAAUGUCCUCAAAUCCCCGCCGUCGGCGAAGAAGAGGAAACUCAACGGCAAUGGUCCUCAUGUCUCCUUCCACUCUUCGCAGCCCGGCUCGAAUGGGUUCAAAUCAAAGCUGGGCUCGUCCCAGCCGAAGAGCCAGUUCGAAACCGAAGUCCUCGAGAAGAUGACACAGGACAUUGCAGGCUUGAAGGAGAACAAUUCGGAAAAAGACCAGCAGUGGGAGAGACCGAGUCUGGACGACUUCAACCCAGACUCCGACCCAUUACGAUUCCAGCAGAUUGAGAUCGAGGAAGGCACCUUGCCGGGGGGGAAGAUUGCCCUCAAGAUGUUCGGUGUAUCAGAGACUGGCCACUCCAUCCUGCUCCAUGUCACUGACUUCCUCCAUUACCUCUAUGUGGCAGCUCCCGUCAAUUUUCAACGCUCAGACGUCGAAGGCUACAAAGCAUACCUCGAAACCCAACUGGCACAGCAUCAACCCAUCAUCCAUUCCGUUCAGAUGGUGCUUCGCGAAAACCUGUUUGGGUUCCAAGGCAAUCAAAAGAGCCCCUAUCUCAAGAUUACAGUGACAGACCCCAAGUUUAUCAACCGAUUGCGGACCUCAAUAGAGGAUGGACAUGCCAACUACAAAGGAAUGUGGAAGGGCGUCGAAAGCAAAAUUUUGACCUUCGACAACAUUCAAUAUGUUCUUCGCUUUAUGAUUGAUACCGGUGUCACUGGAAUGUCGUGGGUUGAGGUCCCUCCGCAGAAGUACCACGUCCUCCCUCAGCAUGAGCGGCAAUCUAAUUGCCAGAUCGAGGCAUUCUGUCACUACCGGGAUCUGAUCGCACAUGGACACGACGGCGAAUGGGCGAAAAUGGCACCACUCCGAAUCUUGUCCUUCGACAUUGAAUGCGCUGGUCGUAAAGGCGUCUUUCCCGAAGCCAAUCAAGAUCCCGUUAUUCAAAUUGCAAACGUGGUUACAAAAUAUGGCGAGUCGAAACCUUUUAUCCGAAAUGUCUUUGUGCUGGACACGUGCAGCCUGAUUGUGAAUACAAAGAUCUAUGAACAUAAAUCCGAGUCCGACAUGCUCAUGGCAUGGAGAGACUUCCUAGAGGAAGUCGACCCGGAUGUCAUCAUUGGCUACAAUAUUGCCAACUUUGACUUCCCCUACCUCCUUGACAGAGCAAAGCACCUCAAACUGACGAAAUUUCCUUACUGGUCCCGGCUCAAGAGUGUGGCAUCCCACGCUAAAGACACCAACUUCUCCAGCAAACAAAUGGGUAAUCGUGAUACGAAAGCCACAAACACCAAUGGACGAAUUCAACUGGAUCUGCUGCAGCUCGUUCAACGAGAUCAUCAACUUCGCAGCUACACUUUGAACUCUGUCUGUGCUCAUUUCUUGGGCGAGCAGAAGGAGGACGUCCAUCACACUAUGAUCACAGAACUAUACAAUGGGACUCCGGAUUCGAGGAGACGAUUGGCCGUCUACUGUCUGAAGGAUGCCUACCUUCCACAACGGCUAAUGGACAAACUUAUGUGCCUCGUCAACUACACGGAAAUGGCUAGAGUCACGGGGGUUCCUUUCAACUACCUUCUCGCUCGAGGGCAACAGGUGAAAUUUAUCAGCCAACUUUUCCGGAAGGCUUUAGAGCAGCAACUGGUCAUCCCGAAUCUGCGAAAUGAAAGCACGGACGAGCAGUACGAAGGUGCCACGGUCAUCGAGCCCAUUCGAGGGUAUUAUGAUGUACCGGUUGCAACUUUGGAUUUUGCUUCCUUGUAUCCUUCUAUCAUCCAGGCCCACAAUUUGUGUUACACCACGCUGCUGAACAAGAGCAUCAUUGAGAAACUCAACCUCAAAAAGGACGAAGACUAUAUUCUCACCCCCAAUGGAGAUCUCUUCUGCACUGCCAAAGUUCGGAAAGGACUUCUUACUCAAAUUCUGGAAGAGUUGCUUGGUGCACGAAAGCGAGCCAAAAAGGAACUUGCUGUGGAGACAGACCCAUUCAAGAAGGCCGUGCUCAAUGGCCGUCAACUUGCUCUCAAAGUGUCUGCAAAUUCCGUCUACGGUAUCACAGGUGCCACUGUUGGGAAAUUGCCCUGUCUCGCUAUUGCCUCCAGUACCACAGCUUAUGGCCGUCAAAUGAUUGAAAAGACAAAGCACGAGGUCGAACAAAAGUACACAAUGGCAAAUGGCUACUCCCAUGACGCCCAGGUCAUCUACGGUGAUACUGAUUCAGUAAUGGUCAAGUUUGGUGAGAAAGAUCUUGCGAAGACCAUGGAACUUGGAGAGGAAGCCGCCAACUUUGUCUCUGCCAAAUUCAUCAAACCAAUCAAAUUGGAAUUCGAAAAAGUCUACUUCCCCUACUUGCUGAUCAACAAGAAGCGAUACGCAGGACUGUAUUGGACGAAUGCAGAGAAGCAUGACAAGAUGGACAGCAAAGGCAUUGAGACUGUCCGUCGAGACAAUUGUCGUCUUGUCCAAGUCGUCAUUGAGACGGUCCUCAAGAAGAUCUUGAUUGAUCGUGACCUAGAGGGCGCACAGGACUAUGUCAAGGAGACCAUUGCUAAUCUUCUGCAAAACAAGAUCGAUCUUAGCAUGCUGGUGAUUACGAAGGCACUCAGCAAAAGCGACUACACUGCCAAACAAGCGCACGUGGAACUAGCCGAGCGGAUGAAGAAACGUGACGCAGGCUCAGCCCCAGCACUGGGCGACCGCGUUGCGUAUGUCAUGGUGAAAGGCGCCAGCGGAUCGAAGAAUUACGAGAACUCAGAAGACCCGAUAUAUGUGCUCGAAAACAAUGUGCCCAUCGACACAAAAUAUUAUCUGGAUAAUCAACUCGCCAAUCCUCUGGCAAGAAUCUUCGAGCCUAUCCUCGGUGAACGACGCGCUAAUUCUCUGCUUGCGGGCGACCAUACACGGUCCAUCUCCGUUGCUGCCCCUACGCUCGGCGGACUGAUGAAAUUCGCCAAAAAGACGCAGACAUGCAUGGGCUGCAAGAAGCCUCUUGUCAACGCCCAAGAGUCCAAGGGCGCGGUGUGCGAAAACUGCCGUCCCCGAAUAGGCGAGUUAUACACCAAACAAAUCAAAAAGGUUGGCGAGCUGGAAGUCAGGUUUGCGAGACUGUGGACGCAGUGCCAACGGUGCCAGGGGAGUAUGCACUCCGAGGUGCUUUGCUCGAGCAGGGAUUGUCCGAUCUUCUAUAUGAGGAUGAAAGCGAGAAAGGAGGUGGAGGAGUCAGGAAAGGAGCUGGCAAGAUUCGAUGCCGAUGUGGGUGCAAUUUGGUAG